GCUGUUUUGAAAAUGGACUUUUGGAAAAUCUGCUUCCAGAUACCUUGGAUACCACACUCCAAAAUUAUGUGGGGUUGGUGUAAAAGGAAAAUUGCUGUAGGAUUAGCUGCAAAAAGUGAUGGAACUCGAGAAUUAUUCUUUAAGUUGGAGGUAUUAAAAAAAUUACUAAGCACAGAAGCAGAUUUAAUGAGCAGAUUGCUUGGUGAAAUUGCUCACCAACAACAACAAUUAAAAACAAUAAGCAACGGAGAUUUAUACUCAAAGGAAUUAGAAGAUGCUUCACACGAAGCAAAUGAAUAUUUAUUAUCAGCCAAAAGGACAAUUAGAAUGUUAACUGGUGGAACUGAGUAUGUUUAUGAUGACUUUGAGUAUGGAAUUUUUGAAAAGCCAGCACUAAAGUUAUGCAAUGGAAUGAUUUCCCAAUCUCCAGAUAUUGAAAAGCAACUGAGAUGUCGAUUCGUUGAUCAUGGAAAUCCGUUUCUGAGAAUAGCACCAUUCAAACAGGAAGAUGUGUAUUUAGAUCCUUUCAUUGUCAUCUACCACAAUGUUCUUUCAGAUGAAGAAAUAGAAAUGCUACAAGAAGAGGCCUACCCCACCUUGGAUUCAUCCAGAGUUGUAUCAUACAAACAAGGAUUACAUUCGUCAAAAGUACGAGUUUCUGAGAAUGCUUGGCUCUUUGAAGAUUAUUUUCCAAAAGUUAAGUCUAUAAACAAACGAGCAGGUCAUAUGGCAAAUUUGAAUAUUCAUACAUCCGAGGCUCUGCAAAUUGCAUAUUAUAAACCAGGAGGAUACUUUAACGAGCACGUUGAUUUUGACCACAACAAGGAAAAUCCAUUUCCGAAUGUUGGUUUUGGAAAUCGAAUUGGAACCCUAAUGUUCUACUUAAACAAUGUUCAAGAAGGUGGCAAAACAAUUUUCUCACAUCUUAAUGUUACAUUGACACCAAAGAAAGGAAAUGCUGUUUUUUGGUACAAUACUUUACCGAAUGGAGAGUUGGACUAUUUUACAGUGCAUGCAGGAUGUCGUGUUGUUUCUGGAGUUAAAUGGGUCGCAAACAAAUGGUUUCACGAAUAUGGACAAGAAUUUCGCAGACCUUGUUUGUUAAAAAAUGUUUACAAUCAGAAGAGAAAUAGUCUUUAAGAAAUCUUUUUUCAAAUAGAAGAAUUUAAAUCAAAAUUUUUGAAA